UUCGGUUGAUUUGCGCGUUCUCUUGAUAAAAUUCUUUCCCUGGCCCAUUCCUUGAUCCUUGAUCCUUGACUCUACCAUUGUUUUGUUUGCGUGUUGUUUGUUCCAAGCCAAAGUCCUCAGCUGUAUCACAUAAAAAAGAGAAAAUACACCCCCAGACGCAAAGUCAAAGCAGCGUUAGCUGGAGGAAGGGAUCCUUGUUCUUCGCGCAUCAGGAAUUCUCAGGUGAUCGAUCGAUCGGUGUCGAGUUCUCGAUCAGCAGCAGCAGCAGAGCAGCCGCAGCGAUGACUUUGGUGAUGGCGAAGAUUUUGAUGGUGGCAACGGUGGCAAUGCUUGUUGUGGCCCCGGUCUUGGUCCAGGCGCGACAUGGUCCAGCUCCCGAUCGCGGAAUUCCCCGCAGCAGCGAUCCGAGGCUUGAUUCCAGAGAGCCAUCCAUCGCGACGGAGGUCACCGCGACUUUGCAGGAGCAAGCGGCAUCAUCUUCUUCCCCGUGUGACGCCGAUCACCUCUGCAGCCCUCCAAUGUUUGGAACCUCCAAGAGAACGGUUCCCACGGGACCCAAUCCUCUCCACAAUUGAUUCACUCCAGAUCGAUCGGCAGUGUACGAGGGGGAAGAACAGGAAGAGUUCCUUGUGUAUAGGCGGAUUGCGUGAUCGCGGGUCUUUUAGGAGGAUUAGUCCUUUUUUGGUUCUUCGUGGA